GCGCACUUCCUGUUCGGGAACCAAUAGCAGUAGAAGCAGAGGGCAGCGUGACGGGCUUUCCUGCUCUUUGUCGCAGUUGGAAAUCAACAGAGGCUGCAGUGGAAGGAGCACUAUGGGCCGCCUGGACGGGAAAGUGAUUGUGCUGUCAGCUGCCGCGCAGGGGAUUGGACGUGCUGCAGCAUUAGCAUUUGUGAAGGAGGGGGCUCAGGUCACAGCCACAGACAUCAACGGAGAAAAGCUGAAGGAACUGGAUGGUAUCCCGGGGAUCAAGACCAAGGUGGUGGAUGUGACUAAGAGGGACCAAGUGGAAGCCCUGGCCAAGGAGCAUGACCAUGUAGACGUGCUGUUCAACGUUGCUGGGUUUGUGCACCACGGCUCCAUCUUGGACUGCGAAGAGUCUGACUGGGACUUCACAAUGAACGUGAACGUCCGGAGCAUGUAUCUCAUGUGCAAGGCUUUUCUGCCUAAGAUGUUGGCAAAGAAGUCAGGAAAUAUUAUUAACAUGGCUUCUGUUGCAUCAAGCAUAAAAGGUGUUGUGAAUCGGUGUGUCUACAGCACCUCCAAGGCCGCAGUGAUUGGGUUCACCAAAUCUAUAGCGGCUGAUUUCAUUGAGCAAGGCAUUCGCUGCAAUUGUGUUUGUCCUGGGACUGUUGAUACUCCAUCACUGAGGGGUAGGAUCCAGGCCCAACCUGACCCAGAACAGGCUUAUAAGGAUUUCAUGGCAAGACAGAAAACUGGCAGAAUGUGUACAGCUGAGGAGGUGGCAUACCUGUGUGUAUACCUGGCCUCAGAUGAGUCAGCCUAUGUGACAGGGACAGAGCACAUCAUUGACGGAGGAUGGAGACUCUGAGAAACCUGUGGCAUCCUUAACGUGGCAGUAGUGGAGACAGUUGGCUGUUCUUUGAAGCAAAUGCCUUAAGCCCAGAUAAACUGUGCACAAAGUGAUGAUUUUUUUUCACAUAUGAUUUUGAUAGGAGAAUUUUUCCCAUUGUCUAAUCUGAAAUCUAUGCUGCAAAUGUGUCCAUCGCAGUGCCAAAAUACUAACAUGCUGGCAAAGGUUGACAGACAUUGUGACUGGCAGGUACAGUGUCAUGGUGUAAACCAGCUUUUUUAAUACAAAACGAUUUUGUGAAUUUCAAUGUGAUUAAUAAUAAAAAUGUGUCUUAAAACCCAUUUAAA